CAAGAUCCUUUUCAUGGAGGCAGAUCGAGCGCCUCUCCCUUUGUCUACGGGAACAUUGGUGAACGUUCACAUUUUGCUCGCUUUCCGUGUACUCCAUGGAGCUGUAUUUUGAGGGAGGUGUUAGAAGUUAUAUGUCGAGUGAAGCUAAGAAUAUAUACCCGGAUGUUUAGGAGGAAAUAAUAUAUGGGUCAGAACCUCGUUUCUUGAGCUUGGUAUUCAGAAACCAAGAGAAAAUAUAGUACGAUAAAAAUGAAUUUUCUCAUUUUGAUGAUUUCUUUAAAAGUGAGAUUUCAUAACCUCAAUUGAUGAAACUAUUAUUGACUUUUACCUUUCAAGUUUGUUCUUAAAGUGUCCCGCCCAAAAUGAGGGAUUUGUUUUAGUGGUACCUUUUUUUGUGUGUGCCUAGGACUGGUAUUAAUUAAUCUGGAAAGGGAGCUUUUAAAAAGCUGGCUGAGGUGACCGAGACCCGGAGACUAAGGACUUGCCCAAGGUCAGGCUUAGUGGCACAUUAGAGCCUAGAAUUCGGGUCUAAGCUCCAGGUUAGUGAGUGGUCUUGCCGUUUAUAACCAUGUGCCCCUGAAAUAGCUAUCCCAUAGUUUAAAAGAAAAGCUCAUUCAUUUCAGUUUUUGAAUUGGAAAAUAAGUGUCGUUAGUCCAGCAAGGUUCGUUUUAAGCUAUGAGCUAAGAAAAGCCGUGAACUUUACUUUAAAAAAAACAAAAAACAAAACAACCAUCGCAGCUCUGCCUGGAAGGGCUGGCUUAUGGAUGAAUACUAAGUUUCUAACAACUUUUUUUUUCCAGAAUAGAAGGGAAAUACAGGAUAUGUAAACUAACAAACACCCUAUAUUUUUCAUUAAAUGUAAGCGGUAUUUAUGCUAACGUGCGUUUUCUACUGUGCCUGCUCACACCCCUCUUGCCCCCUUUUCAAUAACCACAUUUUACUUUGCUAUUAAUUCUGCUUGGGUAUUGUGGAUUGAAGGUGAGAUUGUUCUUUGAUCCUGCAUUAGAAAAACCUGGAGGCCUUAAUUGCAUUUUGUUUUGUUAUGUGAGAUAUAUGAGUGCUGCAUCGUUAGUUCUUGGGGUUGUGUAGGAGUUGGCAGGCUCUGAGAUAUAAAUAGAAGCUGAUUUCAGAGGCCCCUGUUGACUAGGCUUUAUGUGAGAGCCUCCAUCCAGCUCAGCUUGUCACAUUGCAGCCUUGUGACAGGCUGAAGCGCCCUCCCAUGUGAUCUAAGCUUUGGAGAAAUAUUAAAGCAAGCUGUGCACAUGUGAUGGCAUUUAAAAUCUGACUUAGUAGGGGAGGGGGAGCCUUAUAGAAGACUGAUGGUUCUUGUUCUUUCUGUGUACUUAGGUUUAAGAAUUUGAGUUGUAUUUUCUGAAGAAGGUGGAAUCCUUGUCUAAGUGGGGAAUUCAUUAGGUGGGAUCUUCUCAUUCAUGUAAGAAAAGUGCUUUCUUAGUAACUAAAAACAGGGUUGAUUUGAUCGGUUGGUCUUAAGAUUCCCUCAGUAUACUUUGAAAGAAUGUCAGGUGUUGCUGGAAGUUAGUUAGCCUAGUAAAUGAAACUAGCAUAGUUCUUAAGUGGGCUGAAAAAGGCCCAGCUUUUUGCAUAGGAUAAAGAAAGGUCAUCACACUGUAUGGAGAAAAUGAAGAUACAUAAUUUGUUAUUUUGUGUGUGUGUGUGUGUGUGUGUGUGUGUGUUACACUCAACAUUUAAAAACCUCAACUGAAAGUAUUUAUUAAACUGCAUAAGUAAUCUUGACAUAUUUACGCUGCCCUGCUCUGAAAUGAGUCAGCUAAAUUCCACUCACUAUUUAAAGAGACAGUGUUCACUAAAUUACUGCUAUUCUAAACUGUGGCUUUUAAUCACUGUAUACAAGUUUGAUUUGCUCGAAUAAAGUUUUCUUGUGCUAACAAAAGCAAAGAUUGCUGUCAUUUAACUGUUCAAGACUGGGUACUCAUGGUCAGGAUUCUGUCCUGGUCACAUUGAUUAGCCCCUUUCUUCAUUUUUGUAAUUUUGGUAAAGAGUUAAUAGGGUGUGUCUUACUGUGUAGUAGCUGAAAAAAAUGAGUGACCACAAUUUCAUUUUAACCAAAUGCACUCAAAUAGUGCUUUUUCCAUAAUUCUUUCAAAAGUAAUUUUUUCUAAUGUGUAUUUUCUCUUACACAGUGGGAAAUAUAAAUUUAACUCACUUUUAUGCGAAUUUAAACAACUUUUGAAAGGCUCAGCAGAAAAAUAUGGCUCAGGAAACUAACCAGACCCCAGGGCCCAUGCUAUGUAGUACAGGCUGUGGCUUUUAUGGGAAUCCUAGGACAAAUGGAAUGUGUUCUGUUUGCUACAAAGAACAUCUUCAGAGACAACAGAAUAGUGGCAGAAUGAGCCCAAUGGGGACAGCUAGUGGUUCCAACAGUCCUACCUCAGAUUCUGCAUCUGUACAGAGAGCAGAUGCUAGUUUAAACAACUGUGAAGGUGCUGCUGGCAGCACAUCUGAAAAAUCAAGAAAUGUGCCUGUGGCUGCCUUGCCUGUAACUCAACAAAUGACAGAAAUGAGCAUUUCAAGAGAGGACAAAAUAACUACCCCGAAAACAGAGGUGUCAGAGCCAGUUGUCACUCAGCCCAGUCCAUCAGUUUCUCAACCCAGUACUUCUCAAAGUGAAGAAAAGGCUCCUGAGUUGCCCAAACCAAAGAAGAACAGAUGUUUUAUGUGUAGAAAGAAAGUUGGCCUUACAGGGUUUGACUGCCGAUGUGGAAAUUUGUUUUGUGGACUUCACCGUUACUCUGACAAGCACAACUGUCCAUAUGAUUACAAAGCAGAAGCUGCAGCAAAAAUCAGAAAAGAGAAUCCAGUUGUUGUGGCUGAAAAAAUCCAGAGAAUAUAAAAUUACUACAUGUGAAGAGACUGAAACUUUGUUUUUAUUUUAAUAUAUCGUAGGAAAACAUUAAAGAGCAGAUGCAUGGCCAUUUUCCUUUGAUGUUCUCCAGAGUUUUGCUUUAUACUUGUCUGUCUUAUAAUUGAUAUUUUAGGAUGUUUGGGUGUUUGUUACAGGCAGAAUUGGAUAGAUACAGCCCUACAAAUGUAUAUGCCCUCCCCUCAGUAAAAUUGGACAAAAUCUGCACAACAAAUUGAAAUACACAGAUAAUAGGAACAAAAUUUAGUUCCAUGUGCCAAAUUAAAUGAAUGAAAUCUCUGCAUGUUUGCAGCAUAUCUGCCUUUUGGGAAUGUAAUCAAGGUAUAAUCUUUGGCUAGUGUUAUGUGCCUGUACUUUAAAAAAAAAAUGGUACACCAGAAAAGGACUGGCAGUCUACUACCAUAGUCAAACUUCACCUUAAUUUCGACAUGACUUUUGGAAGCAGGAAGAAAGCUACAAAACCAGUAUUUUGGUGCCAUGUAUAAGCCUGGUUAAAUUGGUCUUCUAAAAGCUGUCAAUUAGGACAUUCUGCGAAAGGUAACGUCAACAACUGGUUAUAAGUAAAACCAUCAAGUCAACAACAGGGUGCCUGAGAUAAUCUUUGAAGCUCUUUGUGCUGGCCUGCACCAGAAGAUAAAUCUGCAUUCUCAUUACUAAAAUUGUAGCACAGAACUGCACUAGGAUUUGUUUACAAGAAGAAAUUAAACUCUACGUUUGGUUUUCACAUACAGCAGCUCUGUUAAAUAACAUGCAUCUGAAUUUUAAGUUGCAAAGGUAUCUGAACAGUUAAUUUUUCAUGUGCAUCUUUUGUUGAAUGUUUUGGUUCAAGAAAGAAUGUUUAAAGCUUUUUAAAGACUUCAGUUCUUAAUGUAACUGUACCCUUCUGCAUGGAAAAUCAUAACCAACAUGGCUGCAGUAGACUUCUUUAGUGGUAUCCAGCACCACUUGCAGAGGGCUGCUUUAUCAUAUUGUAUUUGGGUGUAGGACUCUAGUGUUCUUGGGUGUAUUGCAUGGGCUGCAUUAUCUACAGCAUUGUACAAUAACAACUAGAAAAGGCAGUAUACUUCACUGAUGCUUGUCUGGUAAUAUCACUUCUGUGUUAUAAUGGAAGGUUUUUUUGUGAUGUAUGAAACUUGUGUUUUUUAUAUAUAAAUGAGUAUAGUUAGAUUAGUGUUGUGGUAAUGCCUGUUUUCAUCUGUAAAUAGUUAAGUAUGUACACAAGGCACUACUUCUGAUUUAUUGCAGUGUUCAGUCCUAGUUUUUCUUUAUUAAAACAUUCAGUUUUGCUUCAAUUUUAUGUACUUCAGUUCUGAGUUAGAUUUGCAGAUGUGUACAGAUAGUUCAUAUUUAUGUAUUGCACAUAAUCAUGCUAUUCAGCAUUGAUGCUAUAUUGUAUUAUGUAAAUAAUAAAAGCAGUGUACAGAGGGAAA